AUGGAAUCUUCGCCAACCCCGUCGAAGGACAAGGGAAAGGAUGACAGCGAGGCAAAAGUUGUAUUUAACAUGGGGGUUGAAUGGAUGACGACCAUUCUUUCCCAGAUCAUAGUCAGGCUCAUCAUUCUCUCUACAAGCAUCUCUUAUACUGUGUUAGGUGAUCAAAAGGGGAAGCUUGCUGCCUCAGAGGUUGUUUCCUUGGAGCUUUACUUGAGAGUGGAUAAGGCAGAAAAAGAGAAAGUGACCCUCUCACUCAAGGUCUCCAAGCUCACUACUACUUUGGCAAAGAAAGAUGCCAAACUCACUGAGGUCUUGAAGGAAAAUGACUUUGAGCUCUCUAAGGCCUUGAAGGAGAAGGACUCUGAGCUCACCGAUAUGGAGAAAACUGCUAAGAAUGAUGUCAUGAAGGAGUAUAAGUACUCCUUCGAGUUCAAGAAGGAGACCCUUUAG